AUGGCAUCCAAACAGGCAUACAAGCGAUUGACAAAAGAAUAUAAGCAGAUCCAGGAAAAUCCGCCGCCAUACAUUCUGUGCAGACCAAGCGAGGAAAACAUCCUUGAAUGGCACUACGUGAUCACAGGGCCUCCAGGCACUCCAUACGAAAAUGGGCAGUAUCAUGGCUUAGUGAUUUUCCCCUCCGACUAUCCCUUCCGCCCGCCAGCAAUCAAAAUGCUGACGCCAUCCGGCAGGUUCCAAGUGAACACCCGGAUCUGUCUCAGCAUGAGCGAUUUCCAUGAGGAUACGUGGAACCCGUCGUGGUCCGUGGCGACAAUAGUAACGGGGCUGCUGUCGUUCAUGACGAGCGAGGAGCAGACUACAGGAAGCGUGGUGACGUCGGAGCGAACUAGGCGACAAUUGGCAUUAAAAUCGAGAGAAUACAAUCUGGGCGACCCGCGAUUUGUUGAGAUCUUUGCAGACCUGGCCCAAGAAAACCGUACAUACAAGGAGCCGGAGCCUGCAACGCCGGAGCAGGCAAAACCGGCAAUUCUGGACCCAGAGGACCAGAUCAGGGCGAAACAGAUCAAAGCCCAGAGCGAACAAAGCGGUCACGGCGAAAACGGAUGGGGGAUAUAUGUGCUGUUGGCGGUGGUGCUUGGUGUGGUGAUCAAGAUGGCCGGAGGUACACCAAGAUGA